UUUUUUGGACCUGGGACGGGAUCUAGGUGGCUUCGGGGAUGGCCGGGCCGAAGUCCCGGGAAUGAGCCACCGGCCCGAGGGAAAGCGGGAGAGGCCGCCUCCUCUUCCUCCCUCUGCCAGCGGGCGGGUGUAACCAGGAGGCUGCGGGCAGCGAGCGGCUUCUCCUCCGGCUGGAGAGAAGGGGGAAGAGAAGGAGACAGACAAGAGCUGUGGCAGGAUGUCUUCUAUAGUGACACCUCUAGUGAGGUUCUCCACGUAUGACAAUGCCACCUACCCACCUUCUACCACAUUAGUGGCGGCGUUGGAUAAUGUAACUUCUGCACCCCUGACAACUGCACGGGCUGACGUCAACAUUACUGUGCCACACAAGUGCUUGUUGUUGUUGUAUGAAGACAUUGGGACAUCCAGGGUCCGUUACUGGGACCUUCUGCUGCUGGUUCCCAAUGUGCUUUUCUUUGCGUUUCUGCUCUGGAAGCUGCCCUCUGCCAAGGCCAAAAUCCACGCCACCUCCAGUCCCAUCUUCACCACCUUUUACAUACUGGUGUUUGUGGUAGCUGUGGUUGGGAUUGCUCGAGCGGUUGUCUCCAUGACAGUCAGCGCUUCCACUGCCGCUACGGUUACUGACAAGAUCCUGUGGGAAAUCACAAGAUUCUUCCUUCUGGCUAUUGAGCUGAGCAUGGUGAUUCUGGGCCUUGCAUUUGGUCGUUUGGAGAGCAAAUCCAGUGUUAAGCGGGUAUUGGCUAUCACCACGGUGCUGUCAUUGGCCUACUCUGUCACCCAGGGAACUCUGGAGAUCAGUUAUCCUGAUGCCAGGCUCUCUGCAGAAGACUUCAAUAUCUAUGGUCAUGGAGGAAGGCAUUUUUGGCUUGCAAGCUCCUGUUUCUUCUUUCUGGUUUAUUCAAUGGUGGUGAUGCUUCCAAAAACUCCCUUGAAAGAUCGUAUUUCCCUGCCUUCAAGGAAGAGUUUCUAUAUCUAUGCUGGGAUUCUUGCUGUGCUGAACCUGGUGCAGGGUAUUGGUAGUGGUCUGCUCUGUGCAGGUAUCAUAGAAGGAUUAUGCUGUGUUGAUGCCACCACCUUCCUCUAUUUCAGCUUCUUUGCUCCGCUCAUUUAUGUGGCGUUCCUGAAAAGUUUCUUUGGGUCCGAGCCAAAGAUCCUCUUCUCCUACAAAUGCCAGGUGGAUGAGCCCGAGGAUGUUGAUGUGCACCUCCCGCAUGCCUAUGGUGUGGCCAAGAAAGAAGGCCUGGAUUCCAGCUUUUACUCCAGCACUCAGAUCGACACUGCAGCGUACUUGGAUGACGUUGCUUCCAUGCCUUACCACGUGGGCAGCAUCAACAGCAUUGACAGUGACCGCUGGAAAGCCAUCAACUCCUAAAGGCGAUCCUUUGGAAGGAUGGGUCUCUCUUUCAGCCUUGCAGCUCCAUCACCAGUUCCCCUUUUGGGACGCUUCAGUGUGUCGCCUUCUCUUUCCUUCAAGUCCCUCACCCUCUUUUUUUAAAAAUUAAAUCUUGAACGGAGCAUAAAAAUCAGUCUUCCCAGGACAAUGGCUCUUACCUUCGUAGGAGAACAAACCAGAUCAGCUUCUAAAUGCUGAAUCUUUGUUUCCUUGAGCGUUCCAUGUGCACAUGGUUGGACAUGACCGCAACAUUUUCUUGAUGAUAAGCCACACACGCAGCUAGGAAGUCUUGGCUGCUCUUGUAUAGCGUUAUAUAUAGAUAGCUAUAUAAUACAUUAUUUGCAUUCUAUUUUUAUUUUUAUUUUUUGGCUUCCAAGAACUAGAGGAAGGUGGGGCUGCUCCCCACACAUUCAAUGGCUGCAGUUUGGUGGGAAUUGUAGGGUGAGAGAACUCCACAGGCUUCCUGACAGAAAGAACACUUACGAAUGAACUGCUGGAUGUUUCCAGAAUUCUUCACAGGGAAUCUGGGAUCGUGUGUGUGUGUGUGUGUUUGCUUGUGUGUUUGCUUGUGUGUGUGCAUUGUAGUAUAUAUAUAUGCUGACUUUCCAAGAAGAGGGCAGAAAAGCAGCCAGCUGGGAAAUGUCUUGGUGGAACUUGUUGCUGUGCAACUAAACUACUGUGACUGGCUGAGAAGGAGCUGUGAGUUGCAUACACUGUAUACGGUCUGAGUUUUUAGAACGAAAACUUAGCCAAGCAAAGAGCUUAUAGAACGAGGAUCUGCUUAUGUGAUAGUAGCAGAACUUAGAGUAAAUGGGUCCUGAGGAGGAGUAGAGGCGGGGUGUUGAGAAUUGUGGUUCAAAUGGGCAGUUCCAAAAAAGUGGUCCAUGGGAUAGGGCAAGGCAGAAGAUGAAUGGGAAAUGAUUCUGGUAGUCUGUGUGAGAGAAAUUAUGAGUGAUGCUUGGGAUGGCACCAAAGUGGAAUACAGGGUACAAUGUCUAGUGUGAAGGAGGGCUGUUGGGCUCUGUGCCUUGGAUUCAAGCUCUGUCCAGUAUACCUUUAAGACCAGGUGAUACUUCCUUGAACUUACCAUGAGGUUCAUUAAUCUCUUCUGCACUGAAGAGAACAUCACGCCAAAGACAUAGCUGGCUGUUUCCCUUACAGUGGUGGUAGUAGCUGAUCUUCAGGGUCUUCCAAGGUCAGCAGUGAAGGAGGUUUAUCCCAGGCAUAGGCAAACUCGGCCCUCCAGAUGUUUUGGGACUACAACUCCCAUCAUCCCUGAUCACUGGUCCUGUUAGCUAGGGAUGAUGGGAGUUGUAGUCCCAAAACAUAUGGAGGGCCGAGUUUGCCUGUGCCUGGUUUAUCCUUUAGGAAUAGUGAGGGUGUUCUUUGCAGGAGGCAGACCCAUUCUAAUGCAGGAAGUUGGCUUCACCUUGUAAGACAGAAUGGGAGAAUUGGAAAAUGUUAAAAAACUGCUUUUGAAGCACGUGCAUUUUGUGUGCAUAGCUUACAUUGGAAUCAGUGUUUUCUCAUUUUCAUGUUUUUAUUAUUAAAUGCAAAAAUGGGAACACUUACCCUUGUGUGAAAUGCUGGAACAUUUGCCUGGUUGAUCAGGAGGCAAAUGUAGUUACAGUCAAUAAAAUCCCAAAUUCUAAGGCUGAGAAAGCAAGAACACCUGAAAAAUGCACGGAUGUUUCUUUACUUUCAUUUGCUGCUACCAUUUUGGGAUUGAUUUUAGCACCCAAUGUGCAAGGUGCAGAUGACCAAGGCAUAUAAGCACACAACCUUGGAGGAAAGUUGCUUUGGAAUUAAUAGGACAUGCUUUCAAGUAAACCUCUCUAGAAUGGAGGUGCAAGCAGGAAAAACUACUCAGCUUUCUUCUCCUUGUUGAUAAAACAUCCCUUCCUCCUCAUGGCUUGAAACUUGCGCUGUUUGUGAUUUUCCUGCUGCCAAGCCACAUCAGGAUUUAAAAGGCAACAAGAUCCUUGACUUCACUUUUAAGACUUUUAAAACUACUUUUUAAGGAAAUACAUGUUUAAUUAUAUCUCUGUUUUGGAUGAGUUGUGAAUGCAAAUCAAGAAUUGUUGUGGUAGAGGCCCGCACUUUGCCUUUAGUUUUUGUCUACCGCCCAGGUUAGCCUUUUCUGAGUGUUGCUUGAAUUUGAUGACACAGUCAUUCAUUUAGACUUGCUGCUGUUAGCUGCAUAGACAUCUCACCAUGGAGGUAACAAAUAUACUGUGUAGUUUAGGCUUCCGUAAUGCUUAUGGCGCUAGUCAUACCGCAACAUACGAUGCCCCAAAUUCGACAAAGAGGCAGUCGUGGGAGCUGUGAUGUGACCUUAAUGUUAUCCAGUCUUGAAAUAACAUGCGUGGCUGGUGCCGUAGCUUCUUGGCCUUCUGUGAAAGGCGAGAAAGGCAAUCCCAAUUGGCUGCAGGGCAAAUGCUGGCGAAGAUGUCAUAUAAGACAGUGAUGUCAUACAAUUAAUGCUGCCCUCCCCCCCCAAAAAAAAAUAUGUACUCAGCUGGAAUUAUAGGUGCUCUCUGCAUGAUGGUUAAAUACUGCUAACCAGCCAAAGUAGGGACCCUUGGAAACGAACAUGUUUUGUAAUUUUCAUGGAUCCCCUAGAAGUUUCGUAUAAAAAGUGUGCUGUACACCUAGUCGAUCGAAUUAAAAAAAAACCACCUGAACAUGGGCUCCUUUGGUGAUGUGAAUCAGGAUGAGGCUGUAUUUGAGUUACUGUGUUUACUGUAUUAACAAUCUAUAUCAAAUGCUGGCCAAUCAGUGAGCUGUGAUCAGAUCUUCCAUGACAGAAUGGUCCCUGCCCCCUUUUCACUGACAUUUUAAGCACUUCCUCUGUACAUCCCACAUUGUACUUUGCUGCUGAGGAGUAUCUGCACUAAGUGAAGGAACUGCCUCCUCACAAGCCUUGUGAUCUCUGUGUGUAUAUAUAUAAAAAUGCCUCCCUGUCGAGCACACAGUAUUGUCCAUGAGCAGACAAAUGUUUGUGUGUCCCUGGGUGUGUACACACGGCAUGUACCAUGUGAUGUUGGAACAGAGAUUAAAAAUAGAGUAAUGUAUAUUUUUGUCUGUAAAAUAAAUGAACUUUGACAUAAA